ACCUCCACUCCGGACGGUACUGGGCUCCCACGGAAGUUCAUCUCGCCAGGUUUGAAAAACACUGAGAGAAGCGAGGGGAGUGACAACCAUCCUCCCUUCUGCCUUGGGAAAUGCCACCAAAAGCAUCUGUCCCCCUCCCGAUCCCGUGCUGGGUCUCCACCAGCCCGGGCGCCUCCACCGCCUCCUCCCCGCCCCCUUGAGACUUUCUGACCCCACCGAUGCCCAGCGCAGGCAGAUUUCCCCGUCCCGCCUGUGGGCGCUCCGCCUAGGCUUGCACCCUCCGGCUUCUGCGAGCUCCGAGACGCCCGGGCGCCGCCACCCCCCACCCGGAGCCUGGACGGAACCCGGAAGCCACGACCGUGGCACCUGGAGUUCUAAGCCCGACCCGCGACCCCGCCGCUGCAGCGCCUGGGCCACCUCACCCACCUCACCGCCGACCCACCACGGGCGCCCCGCCAGACGUGGGCACGACGGCUGGGCCCCAGCGGCUGCAGAGGACCGCGCUGAGCCAGGCCGGCGACCUGCAGGGAGGCACGAGCGGAGAAGAGGGCUGGGUACAGAGAGGCGCCAGGGGAAAGCCAGAGAGGAGCCCAGCGCCGGCCCCCGCGGCCGCCUCAGCAGUUCCGGGUCAGCGCAGCCCGUCGAGACCGUCCUACGCCGCACGGUUGAGGCAAGAGAAACAGGAACCAGAGCCCUCUAGCCGGAGCCAGCCGGGCCUAAAGAAAGUGAACCAAAAAGAGAGAAAGAGACAGAGUAGAAUGUCAGGCAACAAAGAAAGGAAGAGUCAAGGAGUUCCUGAAGAAGCUCUGGCUAACCAAGGCACAUCUACAUUAACUGAUGCUGUAGAGCAAGUUGCAAAGCAACAACAAUCACAAACAUCAGAAAUAGAAAAAAACAAAAAAGUUCUGUUCCAUUUGCAGAAUGAACUCCAUGAGCUUGAAAAGCAAAUAGCAUCUGUCUCUGCAGAAACUAAAGAAAUAGAAAGGCAAAUUUGUCAGCAAGAUGCUGCCAUAGAGAAUGCCAAACUUCAGUGUGGGAACCUGGAAACUCAAAUCAAAUCCUUACAUACAGAAAAUGUAAAGCUUAAAUUUGACAUAGAAGCAGCCCAAGAAGACUUUGAGGAACACAUGAUAAGAUAUAAUGAAUACUACGCAAAAAUAAAAGAGCAUAAAGAUGGUUUGGGUGAGGUAGAAAGCAAAUGGUCAUUCAUGACUGUACUUCAUGAAAAACGAGAUCUUGUUAAAAAGCUAAAAAGAAUGAAAGAGGAACUUAUGCAAAAUCUCCAAAAUCCAGAAGGAAAUCACAUAAAACAAGUACAGGAAGACAUUACAGAGUUAAAGGAUAAAAUUGUAACUGUAAAAGAAUCUAUCACUGAAAAAACUUGUUUUCUUGAAGAAGAGAAAAAGACACAUGAAAAAUUAAGAAAAGAAAUAGAGGUGCAACAUAAGAGAUAUGGUGCAAUUCUUAAGCGUUUGCAUUGUCAGGUGAACAAAAUUCAGUCAAAUAAAAGACAAUGGCAAUGGAACAUUCACCAAUUGGAAAAAACUGCAGCUGAACUAAGAAAACGCAUUGGAAUGAAAGAUUAACAUGGCCAAAGGACAAUGUAGAACACAGACUAUGUCAACAAAAAUGAUAGGACAAAAGGUUGGGAAAAUUCUUUGGAUUCUUAACCAGCAUCUACUAAGAGAGGUCUGUCUUAAUAACACAUAUAUUUUCUCUCUCUCUCUCUCUUUUUUUGAAUCAGUUAAUCUCUUUGCUAUAGUGCCUUCCAAACCUGCAAUUGAUAACAGUGGAUAGACAAUAGGAAUGCUGACAGAAGUCUGGUAGAAGACUCUGUAUAAAUAUUUUGAGUAUGUAAGAUAUAAUUAUACUCAUGAAUGCCUGUUUACAAACAUGUUGCCUUCACUAUCAUAUGAAAUAAAAAUGUAGAAAAGAAAUGCAUGAAGUUAUAAUGAUUUAAAUUGUUAAGAUAUUUUAAAUGAUUCUGUUUCAAACUUUUUAUUAAAACUUGCUUUUUUACCACUGCCUUCACAGUAGUCCAUAAAUAUUGACAUUUACAAUAAUAUAUGUUCAAUGCUUCAGGUAUUUUAUGUUUUUCUUUCAUUCAGAAGGUAGCAACCAUUUUUUCUUAUUAAAUAACACAAUUUUAGAGUGUUGCAAGGCAUAAAACUUUUUGUUUAAUUUUCCGUCUUUAGUACUAUUCUUUAGUACUAUUCUGUGACAAAAUUGAAGUUAUGA